UUCAGAGAUUAUAACAGACAGGAGUCCACCAUUCCUCCCAAAUUAAUUUUCCAGUCUUUUUUAAAAACAUUCUCUGUCCGGCAAGCUUGUGCCUGAGGGUCCCUCUCUUUCCCAAACGGUCCCCUUAUCGGGUUACAGAGAGAUUAACAGAUAAAAGCCGCUCCAGAACCAGAAGUUCCAGCCCCUGGCCUCUGUGUCCCUCUUCUCGCAUCUUCCCGGGGACCAAGUUCCGGGCUGACAAACCUAACCAGGUGGUUGGAGACUCCGGAUCCCGAUCCCCACCCUCUUCUCCCUCUUCCGCCCGCACCGCGGCUGCGGAAAGCGACGCGAAUCCUCCAGGUCCCAUCCGAGCCGCCGUAGCGCGAGCCCCGCUGGAGUUCUCAGCCCCGGUCGCCAAGGCAACGGCUCCGCUGCGGGCUGCGGGCGCCUGGCCGCCCCGGGGAGGCGCUGCGCGCCGGCGGUCCCACACGGCGAGGCGGCGAGACAGCAGAAUUUUCACACUGAUUAACCGAGAGUGGAACAUCUGAAGAGAUGCAAGCAAGAAAAAGAAAUUAAACCAGGCCCGAGGAGCGAUGCAACAAGCAUGAUGGAGGUCGAGUCCUCCUACUCGGACUUCAUCUCCUGUGACCGAACGGGCCGUCGGAAUGCCGUCCCUGACAUCCAGGGUGACUCAGAGGCUGUGAGCGUGCGGAAGCUGGCUGCAGACAUGGGCGAGCUGGCACUUGAGGGGGCAGAAGGUCAGGCAGAGGCCAGCACCGCAGACAAGGAGGCCGGCAAGCCACCUGAAAGCAGCGAUGGGACCGCUUCACCUUGAGUCCAGCCUCAUCCAUGGAGGCUGGAGAAAGCCUGCUGUCCCCUAUGGAAUGAACCCUGGCAUUGGCCCAACCUCUUCUCUGAGCCCAUGUCCCAGGCCAGACAGGCUAGCCUGUGAGGCCCCUCAGAGGCCUCCGCUGCCCCUAUUCUGGACAAGCCCUCUGCCCACACCCCUGGGCUCCAACCUGUCCCCCUCCUUCGCACUGAGCCCAGGCACAUCUGGAGACACUGUACCCAUGGGGUGUUAUUUAUUCAGCUGGCACUGGGCAUGGGCCAGAUCCUGCCUACCUGGGAACAGCCGACAUGGGCACACUUCUUUCAGGGGGGCCUGGACAGGGGACCAUAUCCUACCCAGCACCCCUCCUUUCCAACCCCAGCCUUCUCAGGCAAGACCUUCUUAUCCCUUUUUUAAAAAAUACUUUUAAACUUUUUAAAAACUUCAAACCUUUUUCAGGAGAGAGAAAGGGAGCCGACAAUCAUUGCACAUUUUCUGGAAGCCAUCUUAAGCUCAAUUGACAAUCUGUGUUGCUCUGGGCUUUCCCACACGGAGCUUCGCAGAUCCGGUKUUAGAGAAAUUUGGGCUCAAAACUAAAUGAGCAAUUCUGUGCCCUUUUUACCAAGAUAAGUGAAAAUUAGGCCCCAGGAAAUAAAUAAUGAUUUGUGUGACUUGUUU